AUGCAGAGGCCCAUUGGAUUCACUUUGGAAGAUGAAGGAGCCAAAAAGAAAUGGGACGCAUGGAAAAGAGAAGAGGGACUUACGAAGACUGAAGCAAAGAGAAGAUAUAUCUCUUACUUAAUAGAUACAAUGAAAGUUUAUGCUAAUGGUACUUUAGAAGCGAGGGAAUUACUUAGCGAGCUUGAGUACUUAUGGGAUCAGAUCAAAGAUUUACCACUUCCCUCUACAGAAGAAGGCGAAGAAGAGAGCCAUCUCCCAUUGCCGAGUCAUUCGCCUCUGUUUUCUGCUGCUCAAUCGGACAGAUAUUCAACGAUGACUCCCAGUAUCUCGAAUCAACAAUACAGGAAUAAUUUGCAGAAAAUAUAUUCACACUCCAGGCGAAAUACACUAUCCAUUAAUGAUUACGUACAGCAGCAGCGAGACCAGCAAAAGAAUUACCUCCAAAGAGCGGGUCUAGGACCUGGUUCUACAUAUUCAUUACCCGUCGACGAGAAUAGGCUCCCAAUACAAGGUGCAUCUCAUUCGGUACCUCCUCAAUUGACGCCUGGUAAUAUUGCCUCUUUGGAGGAUUUCAAAACUUGGCAAGGUGAAAUUAAUCUAAUCAUCAAUAAACUUUCUAAAGAGUAUUUGUAUAACCCUGAAAGAAGACGCGAAGGUGAAUCAGAAAACAGCUCAGAGGAUUUGCCUAACACGAAAGAAAGAUUGCAACGUCGCAUGAUAAAUGUAUUGAAAUUCAUAGGCUUGAAUGGUUUAAGAAUGAUCAAGAGUUUUUCAUUUAGCUUACUUGCUCUUUUGUUCAUUCUCUGGGUACUUAAGAAAAAUGUGGUGGUGAGAAGAACUUUUGUAGUUCAGCCAGGAAACCAACAUACUAAACUGAAAAGAGAUCUAGUGAUCAACAUGACAUUGAAUACUCGCGAUAACAAAUGGUUCAUAAGGAUUUUGAACCUUUUGAACCGCUUUGUUGGGUUUGUAUAA